AUAUAUGAUAAUAUAUAAUAUAGAGUAAUAAUAAUUAGUAAUAAACGAUAAAAUAUCAAUCACGCCUAUACCUUGUGAAUUCACCUCCUCGGACAAUAUAAAAAUCGAAAAGAUAGACAUAUACACCUACCUAUACUUUUCCUACAUUUUAUUUUAUUUUUAAACGCUAUGUAUGUACAUACGACCGAAUGCUUGAACGAUGACGGCGCUACUUUCUCCUUCGUAACUAUUUCCCGCGACCGAUGUGUACAUGUGGAAUGUCAAAUCCUCCUAUCGGUUCUGAAUAGGCGAAUUGCACGUUAGUUUUUACUAAAAAUGGUUUCGAAGUUAAUAUUCGUACGUAAUGUGUAAAAUUUUAUAAUAAUAUUCUCAGAAUAUUACCAAAGCAUCCGGUCGGCAUAUUUUUUGUCUUUCGUCUGUCACUCGGCAAUUACUUUGUACAAGAUAUGAAACGGCAAAAAAUGUUGUCUUAUAUUUUUCUUAUAUAAAAGAAGAACUUUCUAUAAAACUAUAUAAUAUGUAAUAUAAAGAAAUCAAUUGCAUUUCAUUAUCUCCAAAGAUCAAAUUUAUAAUAAAAGAAAUAGAUUGUCUGGAUUGUCUUUAUUCAAGUAUUAAUUGAAGAUAUCAAACAAAACAUUGAAAGUAAGACAAUUUACUGAUGGAGUGCAACUGAUAUAAAUUGUAUGAUUGCUGAUUAUCACGUGUAUCUAAUCUGUGUCUAUAUAUAUAUUUGCGAUAGAUAAAAGACAACAAAGUCAUAUAUAAUAGGAAUGUCACAACAAUUAAUUUCUAAAAGGUUUCACAUUGCAAAAGAGAAGAUGAUACGGAGUCUACUCGCUUACACUUUCGCCGCGUUGUGCUUUGUUUCCGGUUGCAUCGGAAGAAAAGGAUUCGGUCCUGGAGAACAAGAAUGGGGCUACGUCCAAGUGCGCUCCAACGCGAAUAUGUUCUGGUGGCUUUAUUAUACUACGGCAAACGUUAACUCAUAUUACGACAGACCAUUAAUCAUUUGGUUACAAGGUGGACCAGGCGCAUCUUCGACGAGUUAUGGGAAUUUUAAAGAAUUAGGGCCUCUCGAUGUAAAUCUAAAUCCGAGGAAUUACACUUGGGUCAAGAAUUAUAAUGUUCUCUUCAUCGAUAAUCCAGUUGGUACUGGCUUCAGUUACGCUGAAACUAAAUCAGCAUUCUCGACAACGAAUGAACAGAUCGCGAAGGAUCUUGUAGAAUGUAUGCGAGGAUUCUACAAGGAAUUACCGGAAUUCGAGGAUGUCCCGACGUAUAUCACGACCGAAUCGUACGGCGGAAAAAUGGGCGCAGAGUUUGCGCUAAUCUGGGAUCAAGUUCAAAAAUCUGGCAGUAUCAAGAGUAAUCUAAAGGGAGUCGCACUCGGAGAUGCUUGGGUCUCUCCUAUUGACUCUGUAAUCACAUGGGCACCGUUUCUACUCAGCACGGGUAUGGUCGACACCAAAGGCUUCAAAGAAAUCGAUGCUGCGGCACGAAAAACGAAAGAUAAUGUCGAAAGUGGCAGAUGGGUAGAAGCUACUUCAUCAUGGUCUAACACCCAGGGUGUUGUUUUAAGGGAGACUUAUAAUGUUGACUUCUACAAUAUUCUUACAAAAAGAAGUCCGGGCAAUCAAUUUAUUCAGGACGUAUCGUUUUUAUUUAGAGGUGUCGAGUAUCCACCUCUCGACCAAUCUGAGGCUUUUUCACUCGAAAGUUUGAUGAAUGGUCCGGUAAGGAAAGCGCUUGGUCUUAAAGCCACUCACGGCAUCCAAUCCAAUGAAGUUUUCGCGUACUUGAGCGAAGAUUUUAUGAAGCCAGUUAUUCAUAUAGUGGAACGACUACUUAAUGAAACCAACUUGAACGUAUUCGUUAUUACUGGACAUUUGGAUUUGAUUGUUGAUACACCGGGCACCCUUCUUUGGGUCGAAAAACUGAAAUGGAAAGACGCCGACACCUGGAAAAACUCAGUUAGGCGUCCGCUCGUCGCUGAAGACAUCGUCGAGGGCUAUUUCAAGGCUCAAGAUAACUUCAGGAUGUAUUGGGUCAACAGAGCCGGACAUAUGGUACCAAAGGACAAUCCGGCAGCUCAGGAAAUAAUAUUGCGGCACUUGACAAGCAACGCAAAGUGAGUGAACAGAAGUGAAACCUGACUUUUUUAUUUUAUUAUACUCGAAUACUUUAUUUUAUACUGUAUGACUUAAAUCAUUCUAUUUAAUAUUCU